AUGGCACCCUCACUCUCGAGUGUUUGGACAACAUCUUUCCCCCCCAAGCCCACCUUCACGGAGAAGGAGGUCCCAGAUCUCAGUGGCAAGGUCCAUGUUGUCACUGGCGCCAACACUGGUGUCGGGAAAGAAUUGUCACGCAUGCUGUACUCGAAGAAUGGCAAAGUCUACAUAACAGCACGCACCGAGGUGAAGGCCAGUCAGGCAAUAAAGGAUAUCCGAGCUGCCGUGCCCAAUUCCUCAGGAGCACUGGCGCCUCUCGUCCUUGAUCUCGCAGACCUCAGCACUAUCAAAGCCUCCGCAGAGGUUUUCAUGUCCGCUGAGUCCAGGCUUCGUGUGCUCUUCAACAACGCUGGGUACAUGGGGCCCGAAAACAAGAUGGAACGGACACCGCAGGGCCACGAGAUGCACUUCGGCGACAAGGCGACGGCACCUGGCACAGCCCGUGUUGUCUUCUUGAGCUCAUUUGCUGCCGACAUCUUCUGCGACAAGAACACGAUCGUUGACGUGCACAAUUUAGACUUCCACGUCAACAAGAACGCCAAGUACCGCUAUGGGACCAGCAAGGGAGGUGACUGGAUCUACGGGUUGGAGAUGUCCAGACGCUACAAGAGCGAUGGCACUAUCGGGCUCGGUGUAAAUCCCGGGAAUCUCAACACAGACCUGUUUCGGCAACAAGGUGCUGUGUUCAGGAGCUCGACGGGCCCGAUGAAAUAUCCAGUUGUCAACGGCGCGUAUACUCAGCUAUGGGCAUGCCUGUGCCCCGAGGUCACUCUUGAGAGGGCGGGAAGCCUCGUGUAG